CGUCACUUCAGUAUGGACGUCUAGGUAUAUAAGUGUUGGGACAUCUGGGGUAAAUGGUGAUGAAUUAUCGAAUGUUGUCUUCCACCACACCCAUUUACUUCACAUAAAAGGAGCAAAGCCCAUUACUACCAUGUAUACCUCUAAGAUCGUAGCAUUUGCACUUCUGGUGCAAGGCAUGCUUGCCGCCCCAACUACUACCCCGACCUUCAAGAACCACGGUACUUUGUCUGGUUGGGACGGCGUCAACCACGAACACAAAGGCACCGUAACUCAAGUCAGUGACCAAUCGUACAAGCCGGACACGUCGAUCAAGGUGGUUCAGAUAUACGACUCCAGUUACACCGGAAGAUACCACUCGGAAGUGUACAAGAAAGACGUUUACAAGGUCGGCGACGAUGGAUUCUACGGCUUCGCAUUCAGGCUAGACCCGAAUUGGGACACCUCUCACGGGCAGUCCUACAACAUCGCGCAGUUCAUCAGCAACCUCGAGGACUCGCCGGAGAACACGUGCAAGGACAACUGGAUCCCCUCGGGUAUGAUCUGGUUGGAGAAGGAUCAACUCUAUAUCCGCAGCAAAGGGGGAAACAUGUGCAAGAGCACGCUGAAGAAGUACAAGAUCGGAACUGUCAAACCGGGCCAAUGGCACCAGGUGGUCCUCCAGGCGAAGUGGAGGAGUGACGCCACGGGCUAUUACAAGGUCUGGUUCGACGGCAAGCAGGCGUUGGAGGAGUCCAACAUCAUCACGACGUACGACGACAGCAGCAAGAAGUACGGUUUUCAGUUCCGCACCGGUCUAUACGCGAAUGGCUGGCACGACGACAAGAAAAUGGAGGGAACCCAGGGAACUCGCACACUCUGGGUUGACGAGAUUAGCGUUGGAACCAAGUAUGAGGAUGUGGUCCCCAGCCAGAAAUGAUCGUGAGACUCAAUGUUUCGCUGAGAAGAAUGUCUCUGAUAUACAUACAUACCAUGAUCGGUUAUUUUUAUCCAUGUUUCUAAGUGCUGGGUAUUCUCAAGAAGGAGCCCCAUAAAAGUUGGCCUGUAGAGGUUAGAUCUAAGCUUAGUGUUGGCUUUCUAAGAACCGGCAUUCGAUAGAGAUGCCUUGUAUGGAGAAAAGAAAUAUGGUAGAGAACACCCUAAUCGUAUCCCAAGCAUCCGACUGUUCUUUCUUGGAUCUUGAUAGCCUAAACCUGGCAUACACGUAUAACUGACUGACCAAUAGGAGUUACAUAUCGAUGAGCUAUGAGAUGCAGCCCUAGACUGGAGAGAACACUUAUGUAAUCCUAGGGCCUAGGGUGGAGUUUAACUUUAACUGUGAGAACGUUUACCUAAUCUAAAACAUUAAACUCCGUGAAACUGUACCUAGAUUUUUACAAGUCAUACUAGAUUAAAUGUAUAUAAACUCGCUUCCAU